GCAGCUCGGGCACAGGCAGCGGCCGCCCCCAGGGCCUCGAAGGCGCGAGGGUCGCCCGCGUCGUCCAGCCCUGGGACCAGCCUCCCUCGGACUCCGGCAGAGCUCUCAGACCCAUUGAUGUAAACUCUGAAGACCCCACAGACUGUGCACCAAGAAUUCAGUCCAGGUCCUCGGCAGAUGGGCGUCAGUAUUAUCUGCUAGACAGCAGAAUGGAGACCACACCCUUAAAUUCCCAGAAGGAGCUGUCAGUGUGUAAGGAUGGAGAAGACUGUCAGGAAAAUGGAGUUCUACGGAAGGCUGUCCCCGCCCCUGCGGAUAAGGUGGAAUCUGGCCACAUCUCCAAUGGGUACUCAGCGGUUCCGAGCCCCAGUGCAGGAGAUGACACUCAGCACUCUGUCCCAGCUGCCACCACCGCCCUAGUGGCUGAGGUUCACCAAGAGGAACGGGAGACCUGGGGCAAGAAGGGGGAUUUCCUCCUGUCGGUCAUUGGCUAUGCUGUGGACCUGGGCAACGUCUGGCGCUUCCCCUACAUAUGUUACCAGAAUGGAGGGGGGGCAUUCCUUAUCCCCUACACCAUCAUGGCCAUUUUUGGGGGCAUCCCACUCUUCUACAUGGAGCUUGUGCUGGGCCAGUACCACCGAAACGGGUGCAUUUCAAUAUGGAAGAAAAUCUGCCCUAUGUUCAAAGGGAUCGGUUACGCCAUCUGCAUCAUUACCUUUUACAUCGCCUCCUACUACAACACCAUCAUGGCCUGGGCGCUCUACUACCUCAUCUCCUCCUUCACCAACCAGCUGCCCUGGACCAGCUGCAAUAACCCCUGGAACACUGACAACUGCACCAACUACUUCUCCGAGGGCAACGUCACCUGGACACAAGACUCCACAUCGCCUGCGGAGGAGUUUUACAUGCGCCACGUCCUGCAGAUUCACCAGUCUGGGGGGCUCCAGGCCCCGGGCGGCGUCAGCUGGCAGCUUACCCUCUGCAUCAUGCUGAUCUUCACUAUUGUCUACUUUAGCAUCUGGAAAGGUGUCAAAACAUCUGGCAAGGUGGUAUGGGUGACAGCCACCUCCCCCUACAUCAUCCUGUUGAUCCUGCUGGUGAGGGGGGCCACCCUCCCCGGAGCCUGGAGGGGUGUUUUCUUCUACUUGAAACCCAGCUGGCAGAAACUCCUGGAGACAGGGGUGUGGGUGGAUGCUGCUGCUCAGAUCUUCUUCUCACUUGGUCCUGGCUUUGGGGUCCUACUGGCUUUUGCUAGCUACAACAAAUUCAACAACAACUGUUAUCAAGACGCCCUGAUGACCAGCCUGGUGAACUGCAUGACGAGCUUCAUUUCAGGAUUCGUCAUUUUCACGGUGCUCGGAUACAUGGCUGAGAUGAGGAAGGAAGAUGUGUCCGAGGUGGCCAAAGACGCAGGCCCCAGCCUCCUCUUCAUCACAUACGCAGAAGCCAUAGCCAACAUGCCGGCGUCCACGUUCUUUGCCAUCAUCUUCUUCUUGAUGUUAAUCACACUGGGCUUGGAUAGCACGUUUGCAGGCUUGGAGGGGGUGAUCACAGCUGUGCUGGACGAGUUUCCGCACAUCUGGUCCAAGCGUCGGGAGUUGUUAGUGCUUGGCGUGGUGGUUAUCUGCUUCUUCGGGUCCCUGACCACCCUGACUUUUGGCGGGGCCUACGUGGUGAAGCUGCUGGAGGAGUACGCCACGGGCCCCGCGGUGCUCACGGUCGUCCUGCUGGAGGCCGUCGCGGUGUACUGGUUCUACGGCAUCGCCCAGUUCUGCAGUGAUGUGAAGGAGAUGCUGGGCUUCAGCCCUGGGUGGUUUUGGAGGGUCUGCUGGGUGGUCGUCAGCCCUCUGUUUCUCCUGUUCAUCAUUUGCAGUUUUCUGAUGAGCCCGCCACAGCUGCGACUUUUCCAGUACACCUAUCCUCACUGGAGCAUCGUCCUGGGUUACUGCAUAGGCACUUCGUCUUUCCUCUGCGUCCCCACAUACAUAACCUACCGGCUGAUCGUCACUCCGGGGACACUGAAGGAGCGUAUUAUGAAAGGUAUCAGUCCAGAAACAACAACAGAAAUACCCCACGGAGACAUCCACUUGAAUGCCGUUUAAAACGCUUCAGUGAGAGGACAGUGGCUUCCUCCAGCUCUGACUAGUCACCGCCUUCUCUGAAUGACUUUCCAGCACGCCUGACAGUGGAAGGGCCUUCUUCAUAGAGACAGUCUCAAAAGACUGGUGCCCAGACUCUCAUGGCCGCCAGCCGCUGCUUUCAGUGAAACCUCCCGGACGUAUUUCCAUGUCAGACUCUAUGAUGCAGCUGAACGGGACGGUUUGGGAUGCGUGAGGGUGUGUCUGAAGGUGAUGAAAACCACCCUAUAAUGUUAGGAUUAGGUUUAGAAUCAAGUCUGUGAACAUCUCCUAUAUCAUUUCUCGUCAUGAUCAUUGGUAUCUGACAUCUGUUUGUUCAUGGAUGCAUAAACCAUGCAGGAGAAAACAGGGAUGCUGUCUUGCUAGCCAUAUAUUUUCUGAGUAGCAUAGAAUUCCAUAGCUGGAUCUACUAGACCCCUGUAACCCAUGUGCUGCUGUGGAGUCAGGAGAGAAAAAUGUUUAAGAAACUAAACUGAAAAACCAUGUGUACAUGUGAGCGUGUGUCUGUGUGUACCGAAGUUUCAGUGUAUCCUUAUCUCUAUUCCAAUACUUUGGGCCCAUUACAAACUCUAUGAAUUUCCUCUUCUCUUUCUUACAUUAACCAAUUCUACCUACUCACAUGUGUGUGUGUGUUAUUAUUUGAAGAGUAUAAUUACUACCACGUGCUCUGCCACCUUCUAUUCCGGGGACACUGCUUGAGCCCACACAGCUUUCUUCAUGGGCCGCUUCCUGUCUCUUUCCGCUAAACAUUUAGGAUAAUGUUCCACAGGCAAAGCUGGCCUGUUGCAUUAGUCACUGCAGCUUGACCGUGAACUGCUUUGAAGAUGGAUAUCGACAAAAGCACCUUCGGUGUUCAGGUGGCUAUCUGAUUUCGGCUCUGUAUACUUCGCGUGACUUGAGUUGGGCAGUUGAAGUUACUUUAUGAAGAGAGGAUAAAUCCAGUUCUCGUUUCUAGGGUGCAGAGCUUUGGCACCGUGACCUAAACCCAGGUCAUCCUCAAUCCAAAAGUAAUUAGAGAGUAGCCUUAAAUGGACGCUCCCCGCACCCCCACCCCUUGAUCCUUCCUGGUUGACUACCAGGAUUGUGAGCCCUCCAGAUAAUUUUCAAGAUUUGAGUGUAAGUAAAUAAGGCUCAUUGGGAAAGGGUCAGUUAAAUGAAUAACCUUUCAAAUUCUACAUCUAGCCCUUAAUACAGAUUGAGUAAGGUUGACCUCUCACAUGCAUGAGUAAAGAAGCAAAUUUUACCUUGUGUGAGAUUUCCUCAUCAAAAUCUUAAAGGGAAUAAAGCCUAGUCAAUGAUAAACAACCCAGUUCCAUAUCACUUCAGUCCUAUAUAUAAAUCACAAUUACUUCUAACCCUUUAAGAAAGAAGAUCCAUAUAGCAGAGGCCUGGGUUUGUUUGGUUUU